AAUCUACAUGUUUCAUCUGUUCGACACUUACGCUGCGGGACUCUCGCUGUUAACUUCGGCCCUAUUCGAAGCUAUUGCUGUGUCCUGGUUCUACGGCCUCAACAAGUUCACCCAAGACGUUGACGCGAUGCUGGGUAUUAAACCGGGACUGUACUGGAGGAUCUGUUGGAAAUUUGUCAGCCCAUCGUUCCUCAUUGGAGUUAUAUUAUUUGGACUUAUCUUUCCCGUUCCGCUCAAGUACGAAGAUUACGACUACCCCAUCUGGGCGGAAUCGAUUGGUUGGUGUUUGGCACUUGCUUCGAUAUUAAUGAUACCGUUAAAUGCCAUAUGGCAGUUACUUAAAGCUCCGGGAACCUUCAAAGAGAAACUGGCGAUAUGUAUCACCCCAGUGGACGAACACGAGUACCUUCGGGAGACGAAGCUUGUUAGUAGAUUUAAGGCAAGACAUUGGCUUUACGUGUAAGCUUUUACUGCAAUACUUGUCGAUUGUUUAACAAUAAGGUACACAUUUUGUGCCGCCGACUGACAAUAGCCGCACUAUGCACGUGGGAAUAUUUCUAUAAAAUGGAGAUAGUAUCCUUGUAGGAUAUUUUUACUAACUAGCUACGUAGUAAAUGUGCAAAACUAUAGGUACUUAAUUAUAAGGGCUGUUUCCUAAGUUGUUAGUCUGAGUCCCUUACGCAAUCUAAUCAGGCACUCUGAUUAAUAUAAAACAGAUAGGUUAUAUAUAUAUAUAUAUAUAUUCUUUGACCAAAGUUUAACAUAGACAAAAUAAGUGAUCAAAAUAUAAAUGUACGUAAUCGUAAAUAAGACAAGAUGUUUAUUAGAAAUAAUUCUAAAACGCUGUAGGUUGCUUAGAGUGUAUGUUCGGCAAUAGCUAAAGUACUUAUACUGAUAUAGAAUUUCAGCAUUGAUUAACCAUGCGUCUACUACCAUGAUAUCUUUCACAUUUUGAUAGAAUGUAAAAAGUACAUAUUUGUAAACGUUUACAAACAAUUUUUGAUAUAUAACGCUAACAUGUACAGUCCAGGUAACCAUUCCAUACGAGUGAUUUACUUCUCUUCAGUUCCUACAAUUACUUAACAAUAAUUAAAAAAAAUACUCUUAAUCUAUAUUGCACUUAUAACCAUACCAAACUCGUAAGUUAAGUAUUGAAGUAUGUUAUUGAUGUUUCCGUAAAUUGUGUAAAUAGUGUAAUUGCCGAUGAAGAAAUUGGGCAACGAAUUGGACCGGCCUCUUGUAAAUUAUAUUCUGAUACCACCACUUCUUAAGGCCGCGCCAUGAUUGCCAAAGUUGACACGUCGAAACUAGAUGGCUCAGUCUUGGAUCGCUCAGAGAAAACUUGCAACAUUUUUAUUUAGCGAAUCUGUGCUAAAGAAAUGUAUAGCUUAUAAGUAUGAAGGACUAUUUAAUGUUAAUUAACGCUUUAAGGGAAUGUGGAUCAUUCUUUGAGAAAAAAACUGUAUUCAUUUUAAAUAGUAAAUCUUUGUAAUUUUUAUUAUUAGUGCUAAUGUGUUGUUCCACAAUAACCAACACUAUUGGUUGGUAUAAGUUAUAGUGCUGAUAAAAAGAAUAAAUCAUAAAUUAGGGAACAAUAUAAUAUCUUUGGCUGGUCCAAAGAAUUGCAAAUGUUGAUAUAAAUAGUGGAUUAGAUUAUAUAUUCUAUUAGCAUGUUAUCGUCAAGAAUUUGUAAUAAGACGGCCGCUAUAAAGUUGCAAACAAAAGCCUUCUUUGUUGGUUACUUUAUUGUCGCAAAAGUAAAUAAUGUUGUAGAGGAAAAUGUAGAAACCAGAAAUUGUUAAGUGUCUUUAAGUAAUGAUGCCAGGUGCUUUAAAAUAUACUG